ACAAAGCUACUGUUUCAUGGCGGCAGUUGUGAAACAGAAGUAGUGGUGGUCGUAUGUGCCUGAGAAAGAAGCAAUGACCAUACUAUUUAACCUGUAACCAUAUAAUAAUAGAGAGAGAGAGAGAGAAAAACAUUCAAUAUGUUCAAGAAACCUUUUAAAAUAAAAACUAACACGCAGUCUAAAGCGACCGAAAGGAAAAAUUUCAAAGAUACCUUGCUGAGAAAAUUUCCCAAUCUCACAGAAUCAGAAGUGAAUGACUUAUUACCAAAAAAAGAAGCACUCAAUGUGGUAAAAAUUGUAACCCACAGUAAUGUAGUUGUUAAUGUAUAUACUGUUCAGAAAAGACCUGUGAUAUUCGAAGUCGAGGGAAAUAUAUUCCCUACAGUAUUUUUGUUAUGGAAGUUUCCACAUUUACUUUAUUCAUUCACGACUCAUCAGCAAGUUAUGAGCUUUAUAUCGUCCGGAGCAGACCUUAUGUUACCUGGAGUCGUAACGCCUCCGUCCCAUUCUGGAUUACCUAAAUAUGGUAGCGUUUCUGAAAAUGACAUAGUUUAUAUUAAUAUGUCUCACAACAAAGCAGCUAUUGCAGUUGGUUUAGCGAGUCAGAGUUCGGCUGCCAUGUUGCAAGAGAGCUCGAGAGGAAAGUGUGUUAAUAUUUAUCACUUUUAUGGAGAUAAUUUAUGCACAUUGGAAGGUAUGCCAAACUGUCCGAUACCAAUCUUAGGUCCACCGGAGUGGCUACAAUUGAAAAGUUUUGAUGAGGAUUUUCCAGCCCUUGGUGUAUCUCAGAAGCAACUGUCACCAAGCGGAGACGAGAAACAACUACUUCCUGUAGAAGAUGAAAAAGACAAGCCAACCAAUAGUGCCAAACAAGAGCCAGAAACUGAAGUUGAAAUUGUAGAUUCAGUUGAUGAUAUGGAUAAUUUAUUGUGUUACUGUUUUCUAGGAGCCAUAAAAUACACAAAAAACCUCACCUUACCAGUAUUGACUUCAAAUUUUUUCAAACUCCAUAUGCUUCCUCUUUGCCCUUCAGAUAAAACUUUGGAUAUAAAGAAGACUUCCUAUAAAAAAUUGAAACCAUUUCUGAAGAAAAUGACUGAGGAUGGACUUAUCACUGUGAAAGAAAUAAAAGGUGGAGUUGAAGCAAUAAUUGCCAUCAAUAGGGACCACCCAAAACUUCAAGAAUUCUACAUAACUCCUAGUGAUAGGCCUAAAAAGGAAACUGAAGAAAUUGCAACGGCAACUAAUGUUGUUGAAUCUUAUCUCAUAACAGAUAAUGUAUUACCCAUAUUUGAAGGCUGUAGGAAAGGGGAUACUGUUCAACCAUCAGACGUGAGACGUCAUGUCACUAAUUAUGUGAAAGAAAAUAAUCUACAAGAUGAAAGUAACAAUAGGUUGGUAAAACCUAAGAAUAUCCUAGCAACUAUUUGUAAAACUGAACAUUCAGUUACUUGGGAGGAAGUUAUAGAAAAAGUUUGCGCUUCGAUGAAGAAUUGUUAUAAAGUUAAAUCUGGCAAUGAAGAAAUCUUGAAUAAGGGAAAAGUUUCCCCUAUUACCAUUUCAGUAGUAACCAGAUCUGGAAAUAAGAAAGUGACUCUAGUUGACAAUUUGGAAUUAUUCGGUGUCCGUCUGAAUGAAUUUGCCAAGGAGUGCCAACAUGGAGUUGCUGCAAGCACUAGUAUUAGCAGACCUCUUGGAAAGAAGUAUGAUCAACUUUUGGUACAGGGGAACCAAGUGCUUUUCGUUUAUAAUUUAUUAGUAGAGAAAUAUAAAGUGCCAAAGAGAUACAUAAAAGGUUUAGAGAAUGCUCCAAAGAAGAAAAAAUAAUGGAAUAUACUUAUUUGUCAAACACUGUUGUAAACAAUUAAAAAUUAUUUGUUAAUAUUGGA